AUGGCAUCUGUCUCUGAAAACAACCAACCGUUCCCCAUCUCCGACGAUGAACCAGAGAAGUUCACCGCAUACUCCACGGCAGUCCAUAAGGUCAUCGUCAUGGUCAACGCCGGAAUUCUAGGACUACUCCAACUCCUGAACCAGGAGAAAUCGACAACAACAAUGACUUCUCCUAACGACAUAAUCGCUUCAUCUGUUUUCGAAACAAACAAACCAGCAUUGCUCUGUUUCUGUCUCCUCGUUUUGUUGUACGCAGUCCUUCGCGUCGUUGAAGCGAUAGAUGUCAGGCGGCGACGCGGGUUCGUCGCGAGACUUGUGGGACACACGAGCCAUCUGCUCGGUGGUCUCGCAGCCAUCGUACUGAUAUCUGUAGUUUAUGCCACGUUUGCUCUCGUUCUUCUUCUUCUCUGGUUUCUCUGUUUCUUCUCAGUCGUUUACAACGUUCUACGUGAACUCUUGAUCUACUCUGGGCCAAACACACCGCAGUCGCCACCAGUUUAG